CAGGUCAUGGCCGCCCUGGGCUGCCCCAGGAGGACCUUCCUGCUCCUGCCGCCCCCGGUCCCGCCACCGCCCGCGCUGCUGUUGCAGGCCUGCGCGCGGUGGCGGCUGAGGCUGCUGGACAUGGAGUCCGUGGUAACGCCCCCCUGGGGCCUGGACUGGUGCUUCUCGUCGCGGGCUGCGUUCGUUGCGUAUCUGGAUCCGUUCCCUGCGUUCGACGUAGGCCAGCGCGUCAUGUACUGGCGGGAGGGCGCCUGGAGAUUCGCAUCCGUGGUGCGCAAGCGCCUGGAGCCGCAGCAGGAGGCGCGCGGCCGCGGGCGCGUCCGCGGGCCCACGGCGGCCGCGGCGGCCACAGAUCCGCCCGGGCGCGUCGUCUACGACCUCGACGUGGAAGUCGACGGCAGGGCACGGGGCGGGGGGGUGGCCCGGAGAGCCGGCGCUCCAAGGGAGAGGGGAGCGGAGAAGGGCACGAGGCACAACAGCUCGGAGCAUGCCUGCGAGUACCGCAUGCCGGCCUCUUCGCUUUCCUUUGCGCACUGUGCCGGCAUGGGCGGCGGCGCGCCUGCCAGCGAUCGCCGCGCGCUGGCCCAAAAGGUUCGGGUGGGCAAGUCAGCUCUCGGAAAUGUCCAACUUGCACCCAUCCAGACGGCCGCAGCCGAAUCGUCCCUUGCUACCGCUGCUGCCUUCCACGGUCAGUUCUCGGUCAAGAAGCCUUCCCCUGUGCAGGUCAAGCACGAAGCGGAGGCGUCGGCGGCUGAGGGCCAGAACCGCGCUGCAUCAAACCGUCUGGCUCAGGCGCGUGAGCAGCACGGGCGCCUCGAGAACCAGCUCGACGAGAACGUGGAGAGGGUCGACGAAGCCUUGCUCGACGAGCAGGUUGCCCAGAAGGAGGUGGAGGCUGCAGCAAUACGCAUGGCGCGGAGGCUUCUGUCCCUUGACAACUUCUCAAAUGAGGAGUCAGUGGUGCACAUUGGUGCUUUGCUGGCCGACUCCGCGCUCGAGUUGGGCGAAGUCCUCGACCCGCCUUCGGAUCUCCACGCGGAUGAGGAGGGCGAGCAGUUCAAUGCCUUCUCCGACGAGCGCGAUUUCGACGUUGCGCGAAAUCAGGCGAGGCUGAUGCGCGAGGAGGGAGCCAAAUGUUCCGAGCAGCAUGGGAAGAAGCGCAAGACUCGGCGAGCAGACGGGGGCGGCAGCCCCGAGCGACGGACCUCCUGCGGAGGGGGCAGGGAAGCCGCAGAGGCGCGGGUCGCACGGGCGGCUGCCCUGCGGGAGGCCAGCGCUGGCGCCCGAGCCCCUGGCGAGGGGACUGUCGGCUCCCAGCCCAGGCCCGCCGCCAUCACGGAAGAAGACGAAGCGCAAGGAUCCAUGCGCCUGGCUCGGCUGGAAGGUGGUGGCUGGCGCAGGGGUGGCGCCGAUGCGGACUCCACCUGCGGCAGGUGUUGCAGUCUGCCCUCGCCCCGGUGUGCGUUCGGUCAGCGGCCGUGGCGCGGAUGGCAGGAGUGUGGAGCUGUUGUCCCAGAUCGGGCCAGGGUCAGCCAGGCAGCAGGGCCAAUCGUCACGUUAGGGGAUCGGCGGGAAACCAUCGAGGACAUCGCCAAGUCGGGUUUCCUGGCCGACCUAGGUUCGUGCGAGGUUACCUCCUAUCUGUAG